AUGGGUCGCAUGCACAGCAACGGUAAGGGCAUCAGCGCCUCCGCCAUCCCAUACUCCCGCACCCCACCCGCCUGGCUCAAGACCACCCCCGACGCCGUCGUCGACCAGAUCUGCAAGCUCGCGAAGAAGGGCGCUACGCCAUCACAGAUUGGUGUGAUCCUGAGGGAUAGCCAUGGUGUCGCGCAGGUGAAGGUUGUUACUGGUAACAAGAUUCUGAGAAUCCUAAAGGGCAACGGCCUCGCACCAGAAAUCCCCGAGGACCUCUACAUGCUCAUCAAGAAGGCCGUUGCCGUCCGCAAGCACCUCGAGCGUAACCGCAAGGACAAGGACAGCAAGUUCCGCCUCAUUCUGAUCGAGUCGCGCAUCCACCGCCUGUCGCGAUACUACAAGGCCGUGGGCGCGCUGCCACCGACAUGGAAGUACGAGAGUGCCACUGCGAGCACCAUUGUUGCAUAA